AUGCAAAUACGAAGCUACGAUUUUGAUAAAAAUGAAACCAAAUUUACAAACUUUCUUAGUGAUAAAUUCGAUAAAUAUAAGAUCAAUAAAUAUUUUAUAAGUAAAUUUAAUGAAUUACAAGAGGUGUCUUCUUGUUGUGGAAUAACGGACUAUAAAGAUUAUUGGCAAACCGACUGGAAAACUGAAAGGCAGAAGAAAAAGUUAAUUUAUAAAAAAUAUGAUGAAGAAUAUCCAUUAUCUUGUUGUGGACUCACUAAUGAGUAUGGUAGAUCAUGUACACGAAGAAAUCGUAGAUUUCAAAUCAAUGGUUGCGCUGGUACAUAUUUUCGAAUUUAUAAAGCAAUACAACACUGUAUUUUGGCAAUGAUAUGCUGCUUGUUAGCUGAAUCAACAUUUAUAUUUAGUUUUAAAAUAUGUAGACGUCAACUUAAAAACUGGGCAGAGGAAUUAUCGGAUUGA